ACCCACUCUACACCACGCUAUCGUAGCUGCCCGGCCGCAUGGACAACCCGGACAACAGCAUCGCCAUUGCUCUCCGCUUCACGCCUUCCUCCUCUCCUCUUGCUGCUGCUCCUACUCCUGCUGCCGUCGCAUAGGGUACAUGUAGUUCGCCUCUGCCUUCUCGUGUCCCUCUCCCUCCCCGUUGCGACCGACUGUGCAAGACCGCGCCACGCACUCAACCCAGCAGGCACGCGACGACCUCCCGUCCACCUCCACCACCACCACCACUACCACCAUCGCCGCCUCUUCCUCUUCCUCCUCCUCCUCCUCCUCCACCGCCACCACCGCCACCACCAACCUCAGCCUGCACCUGCACCGAUAUCAAGCUACCUUACCUACCUGCCUACCUCACCCGACCUAACAUCCUCUCUCCCUCCCGCCUGCCUGCCUGCCUGCCUGCCUGCCUGCCUGCCUGCCUGCCCGCAGCAUCUCCAGUUGCCCCCCCACCGCGCACAUUGGUGCCACCUCCACGCCGGUGCGUCUCCAAGCUACUGCACAUGUUUAGCGGACGUGCAUCUUAGACGCCAUCCUUCCGCGCGCCACACCUCACCCACUGGCCGCCUCUGCUACCACUUCUCUCCCUCCGCUACUCCACCAUGGCUGAGGGCCCUUCCGAUCAUGUGCCCCCGGGUACGUCUGCAGACACCUCGAAAGGAAGACCUAGGGCGCCCACAAUCACUAUUGACACGUCUGCCGUCCGUCGAUCGAACGAUGAUACGGCUCGACCGGGCAACAACGAGGGCAUGAUGGACGCGGCUGCGGAGAAUGACAGUGGCAAUGGUAACGGCAAUGCUGCUUCAAACUUGCGUCCGCUGGCACGAAGUCAAGCUGCCACACCAGAUCUUCACGGCAAACAGAGCUUCGAGAGUAGGGACUCGAGGCCCACGAGCCCGCACAAUGUGUCGUCUCCGCAGCAGUGGGGACCGCCCGGAGGUUUCCUGUCUGUGCCAUCUGGCCGUAGCCGGGGAGGUAGUGUCGACACGGCAGAGACAUCUUCGACCUCCGAAUUCACCUAUGUCAACACACAGUCGCCGUCCGAGGCUCCGAAAGCCUUCGGCGCGAAACCCAACCAUGAUGAAGAACGUGCCGUAUUGUCUGACGAAGAAGCCCUGAUUCCGGAUCCUGGCACUGAAGACGACUUCUCUCGCGAAAGGAACCCCUUUGCCUUUGCACCGGGACACAUGUCGAAGCUGUUGAAUCCGAAGAGCCUCGGUGCUUUUCACGCCCUGGGAGGACUAGCUGGUCUCGAGAAGGGAUUGCGAACCAGUCGCAACAGCGGUCUCAGUGUCGAGGAGAACAGCCUCCAAGGUGCCGUGGCGUUUGAGGACGCGGUGCACGUGGCUAGCCCUGCGUCGGACAAGACCGCCGUCGAGGAAGAACCGGAAAUGGCCAGAGGUGAUGUGGAAGUGCCCUCGGGGGCCUUUGGUGACCGCAAACGCAUUUUCAACGAGAAUAAAUUGCCCGAGAAGAGAAUUAAGAACAUAUUCGAGCUGAUGUGGAUGGCAUACAAUGACAAAGUGUUGAUUGUUCUGAGUGUCGCGGCCGUCAUUGCACUAUCACUGGGUAUAUAUCAGGCCAUUGCGUACGGCGGCGUCGAGUGGAUUGAGGGUGUCGCAAUCAUCGUGGCCAUUACCGUCGUCGUCUUGGUCGGCGCGAUCAACGAUUGGCAAAAAGAACGCCAGUUUGCCAAGUUGAACAAGAAGAAGGAAGCUCGUAACGUCAAGGUCGUCCGAUCUGGUACAACGCAAGAAAUCGAUGUUCAGGCGGUAUUGGUGGGAGAUGUCCUGUUAGUGGAGCCCGGAGACAUCUUGCCCGUGGAUGGCAUCUUCAUCUCUGGCCACAGCGUCAAGUGCGACGAGUCCUCCGCCACGGGAGAGUCGGACGUGAUGAAGAAAACCCCGGCGGACGACGUCUAUCGAGCAAUGGAAGCCCAUGAGCCCCUCAAGAAGCUAGAUCCCUUCAUGAUAUCCGGCGGCAAGGUCACAGAGGGCGUGGGGCGUAUGCUGGUCACUGCAGUGGGCACCAACUCGACGUACGGAAAGACGAUGCUCUCCCUUCAUGAGAGCAACGAUGCAACGCCGCUCCAGGCGAAGCUGAACAAGCUUGCCGAGUACAUCGCAAAGCUGGGCAGUGCUGCCGCACUGCUGCUCUUCGUCAUACUGCUCAUCAAAUUCCUUGCUCAGUUGCCCAACAACGAUCGAACACCUGCAGCCAAGGGUCAGCAAUUCAUGACCAUCCUCAUUACCGCCGUCACGAUCGUCGUUGUGGCGGUGCCGGAAGGCCUGCCCCUCGCUGUCACGCUAUCCUUGGCAUAUGCCACCAAACGCAUGCUGAAAGACAAUAAUUUGGUGCGUGUACUGCGUUCGUGCGAGACCAUGGGCAAUGCCACUACCGUCUGUUCCGACAAAACGGGCACUCUCACUCAGAACGUCAUGACUGUUGUUGCUGGCACGGUGGGGACUUCUAGUAGAUUCAGUAGUCGUGCUGGUGCUGGUGCCGAUGACUCCAAGGCAGAAGACGUACGCGACGAGCUCGGUAAUGUGACGACAGCCGAGUUCAUCAAGACUCUUUCGGAGCCCAUGAAGCAAUUGUGGAAAGAUAGCAUUGCCAUCAACUCCACAGCCUUCGAGGCGACAGAGGACGGCAAACAGGUGUUUGUGGGAUCCAAGACCGAAACGGCUCUCUUGGACUUUGCACGAGACUUCCUUGGCAUGGAUCGCAUCGCGACGGAGCGCAGCAAUGCCGACAUUGUGCAGGUGAUCCCUUUUGAUUCGGGCCGCAAGUUCAUGGCCAUGGUCAUCAAGCGCAAGGACAGCAAGGGCUUCCGAUUGAUUGUCAAAGGCGCCAGCGAGAUAAUGCUUCGGCACUGUCAGACCAUUAUCCGCGACCCAACGCAGAGCAUUGAGCCCACCAACAUGACCGCGGAUAACAAACAGACUCUCGAGGCGCUCAUCGACACAUACGCCUCUCGCUCGCUUCGCACCAUCGGUUUCAUCUAUCGGGAUUUCGAUGUGGAGUCAUGGCCGCCUCGUAACGUGCGGCGCUCCGAAGACGAAAAGACUCAGGCCGUGAUCGAAGACAUUUGCAAGCACAUGACAUUUCUUGGUAUCGUCGGCAUUCAGGAUCCUCUGCGAGCUGGCGUACCAGAGGCUGUGAGGGACUGUAUCAUGGCCGGAGUAUUCCCCCGCAUGGUCACUGGUGACAACAUUCUGACUGCGAAAGCCAUCGCCACAGAGUGUGGUAUCUUCACCGCUGGUGGGCUCGCCCUCGAGGGGCCCGACUUUCGAAGAAUGAGCAAGCAUGAGCAGCGCUCCAUCAUCCCGAAGCUCCAAGUGCUCGCACGUUCCUCGCCGGAUGACAAAAAGACGCUGGUCAAGCGUCUGAAGGAGAUGGGCGAAACCGUCGCCGUCACAGGUGAUGGUACCAAUGAUGCACCCGCUCUCAAAGCUGCAGAUGUCGGUUUUGCCAUGAACAUUGCUGGUACCGAAGUGGCAAAGGAGGCGUCCGACAUCAUUCUGAUGGACGACAAUUUUGCGUCGAUUGUCAAAGCCCUCAUGUGGGGUCGUGCUGUCAAUGACGCCGUGAGGAAGUUCUUGCAGUUUCAAAUCACUGUGAACAUCACCGCUGUCCUGCUGGCGUUCAUCAGCGCAGUGUCCAAUGAGGACGAGGAAUCUGUUCUGACCGCAGUGCAACUGCUAUGGAUCAACCUGAUUAUGGACACCAUGGCUGCGCUUGCUCUGGCCACGGAUCCGCCCAGUCGACAAAUCCUCAACCGCAAGCCAGAUCCCAAGUCGGCGCCGCUGUUCUCAGUCACAAUGUGGAAGAUGAUUAUUGGUCAAGCGAUUUACCAGCUCACCGUCACGCUCAUUCUAUACUUUGCCGGCGCUAGCAUUCUGAACUACACUGGAGAGCUCGAGCACAGACAGCACCAGACUCUGGUCUUCAAUACCUUUACCUGGAUGCAGAUUUUCAAUGCCCUCAAUAACCGGCGUCUCGACAACCGCUUCAAUGUCUUCGAGGGUCUGACACGCAAUUUGUUCUUCGUGGGCAUCUUCUUGGUCAUGAUCGGUGGCCAGGUCCUGAUCAUUUUCGUGGGUGGUUGGGAUGCGUUCAAUGCUGAGCGCCAGACCGGCACUCAGUGGGGCAUCGCACUGGUCCUGGGUGCGCUCUCGCUUCCCAUCGGUGUGAUUAUCCGCCUGUUCCCAGACGAAGUCGCUACGCAAAUGGUUCCACCGUUCAUCAAGAAUUGGGCCCGCAAGCGACAAGAGCAGAAACUCAUGGUGACUGAUGAGGAAGGUGGUCAGAAUCCGUUCGAGUUCAAUCAGGCAUUGUAUGAGAUCAAAGAGGAGUUGGCCUGGCUCAAGAAGUACAAGGGUGGCCGUAUCAACAGCAUGCGAUUCGCAGUCACUCAUCCCAAGCAAACAUUCAUGCACAGCCGUAGUCCGAGCCGUAGCCGAGCAAGCUCCAGUCUGCCCAGAACUCCGAACAACGAAGUCGAGGAUCAACAAGACGGCCACUCUCUCGCUCCUCCUACACCAGAUUCACGACGUCGACGUGGCCGGUCCCGAUCCAACUCGGCUUUUGCUGGGGCCGCCAUGGCUGGUAUCGUGGCUGGUUCGAUCGCUGGCGGCUGGUCGCCUAUUGAGCGCAGAGAAGGCGAUAGCGAAAGCCUCCGCUUCGGACGUGACAGAUCUAAAAGCGACCUAAGUAAGGAGUAUCGCCUCGAUACACACCCCGAGACGUCGAAACAGGAUGGGAUUGUGGUCAGCGUAGAAGCGCAACAGCCUCCCAGCCAACGAAAUGAUACCACACCAGUCUAUCCUGCAGGGCCUAAUAGCGGCGAGCCUACUUCCUCUUCCAAAAAGGUCACGAAAGAACAGGAUGACACUGGCGUUUGAACAUGUGAAUAAGGUAGAAAUGCAUUAGGCUCCAAAAAUCCAAAUCUCGACUGCACGUGCAGGCCAGCGUCACGUGUGGUACAGACCAGAAGAAUGUAGUGAUAUGAUGCCCGCUAGCGCUCUGGGGGGCAUCCUGUGUUUAGUUAAUGUAGCAUGCAUGGCGACGGGAGUUUCUGAGUAGGAAGCACCAUAUAGAUAUAAACAAAAUUGCGAUGGACGCGCAGAGGGGUUGGGUAUGAACCUGGCCAGCGUCGUCGCUCGUCAGAGCCGACCAUAUUACUGUGCAGGGAGAGAGAGAAUGAGAGGGGGAGAGGGAGAGAGCACGAUUGCUUGGAAGCACCUGAAACAUCAUCGUCCAUUGUCUACGCUGCUCUUUUUUGGGGGGAGACCAGCUUGAUGGAAUAAUCACGACGACGAGUUAGCAAGCUCAAUUACGCGCUUCGCAGCAUCUUCAAAUUUGUCAAAGGCGUCCAGUCCCAGUCCAGAUUCGGCAAUCGUCCGUUGUCCCACCGCUUCGUUGGUUCCGCGUAUUCUCACCACUACGGGUAUAUUCCUCAUGUCCACCUCUUUAAAGGCCAGCAAGAUGCCGUUGGCAAUCAUACCGCCAUCGGUCAGGCCGCCAAAGAUGUUGACGAAAAUGACCUUGACUCGCGGAUCUUGGAGGAUGAGUUGGAAACUCUUCUUGACCGUUUCCGAGGUGGCUUUGCCGCCAGUAUCGAGAAAGUUGGUCGCGCGGCCUCCUUGUAGCUUGAGCGCAUCGACCGUGUUCAUCGCCAGUCCUGCGCCGUUGACCAAGGUCCCAAUGGUGGCUUCUGGGUCAUCAAACUUGACAUAGACGAUGCCGUCUUGCUCGGCCUCGACCUCUUCCGGCACUUCGGUGUCCUUUUGCCUCAGGCGAUGGAUGUCUUCCUGACGCUUGGUACUUCGAUACGCUGCGUCGUCGAACAUGAGAGUGAGAGACGGCUGGUGGAGCACGAGGUUGGCAGAGUCAUUGACAGAGACGCAGCCCGACAGAAUAAUCGCUUCCUUUUCCUUGUACAUUUUCGCGAGUGCGACAAUGAGCUGGGUCAUUUGUUGUUUCGCAGUGUGAUGAGAGCCGAUUUGCAGAUGUUCAAUUGCGGAGCGAAUUGUAGACUCGGAAGGACCAGCUUGCCAGUCAUACGGGAAGCGCUUUACACGAGCAUCGACUGCAGAUGGAUCGGCGGUAGGUGCCACGGCAAUGCAAGGACAUCGUUCUGUUCGGUCGACGAUGAUGCCAAUAUAGCAGCCAUCUUGGGGCGCCCCGUCCCGUGAGAGUGAUAAGCCAGAGACUGUGGACAGGUAAGGGUUGAGCGGGCCAGGAGCCAAGUCAGGAGCAAGGUGUAGUCCGCGUUGUUGUUGUUGGUGUUGCUGCUGUCGCAGCGCGGGACGGGUAGAGGAGCGUGCAGGUGCAUGGCGGCGGAGAGUGUGGUAGCCGCGCUGUUGAGUUGCUCGCGCGUUCUGUUGGAUUUUGUUCACGUCGCGUCCACUUUGGGAAAGAAGUGUCUUCAUGACACCGCCAAAGUUCUCGGGAUGGUCCACCAUUCGUGCUCCCGCUUCUUGUAACACACUAUACUUCUGGUGGGAGUCGUUCUCGCCACGAGCCGCCCAAGCACCGGCGUGGCCCAUGAUUGUGUUGGCUCUAGCGCACUUGCCACCGACCAGUGCUGCAAUCGGCUUGGGAUUCUUCACUCUCGAGUGAUAGUCCUUGAUCCAGUCUGCCGCAUCUUCUUCUGCCCUCCCACCGACUUCUCCGAUUAGCACAAUGCCUUCUGUUUCGUCGUCCUUCUCGAACACCUUCAGAGCAUCCACAAGGUUAGUGCCGGCGACAAUGUCGCCGCCCAUGCCAAUCACUAGACUCUGACCAAGGCCUGACCGAGUGAUGGAUGCUACUGCUUCGUAUGAGAGCGUGCCGGACUUGGCAGCAAUGCCAAUGUGUCCCGGUGCAAAGGUAGGCAGAGGCUGGAAUCCGAUUCGACAGAAGCCAAUCGGUGCGAUGAUUCCCGGCGCAUUGGCACCUACCAGUCUGGACUUGGACUGCGUCUUUAAAAUGCUUGCGACCCUCAGCAUAUCAUGAACCGGAAUGUGCUCCGCCACGGAAACAAUGAGCGGGAUUUCUGCCUCAAUGGCAUCUUCAAUGGCUUGGGCACAUUGUGAAGCUGCAACGAAGACAGCAGUGGCAUCGGGCUUGAGCUGUUCUUUGGCCGUUCUCAUGUCCGGCAGGAGAGGGAGGCCAAUGUGCUCGCCAUGCUUGCCGGGGGUGACACCGCCCACAAUGUUGGUGCCAUAUGCCAAGCUAUCUUUUGCGUUUCCCGUCGCAACUCGGCCGGUGAAGCCCUGGUACAUGACGCGGGUAUGCUUGCCAAUCUUGAGAUGAUGCACCGUGUCGUCGUAGCCAGCAGCCCUCCGCGCAGUGCUGGAGAAGCAUCUCGUCGAGCGGUGCGACGCCGUGCGAGCGGUUUGCGUGAGUCGCAUGGAAGUCGCCAUGAGGGAUGAUGGGUCUACGGCCGCAUGUGCGAUCACAGAGGGCUAUCGUUGAUCUGGGAGGAGGAGGAGGAGUGGGAGAAGUGGGAGGAGUGGGUGCGGAGCGGAGCGGUGCUUGGGCGUUGUUGCAGAGCAGGGCGGGAGACGCGAU